AUGCCAGGGCUGAUGAACCGGAGCACCCGCUGCCCGCUGCCCCUCACCGCGGCCGAGGUGACGUCCUGUGUCCGUGGCUAUGCCUUCGGGAUGAGCGCCUUGCUCACCUACCGCAACCCAGAACCACAGGCUUUGGAAGGUCUCUUUGUCUACCCCCUGGAUGAGUGCACCACUGUUGUUGGCUUUGAGGCGGCCGUGUCCCGGCGUGCUGUGACCGUGCAGAUCAAAGACAAAGCCAAGAUAGAUGACACGUUCUUCGGGAGCUGCAGCUUCCCUGAUGGAAGUGGAAGGAUCGUGAUGGACGAGGACCUGGAGAGGAUUGCGUUUGUGGCCAACCUGGGCACGGUGCCUCCCCUGGAAAGCGUCUCCAUCUUCAUCAGCACCUCCUCCGAGCUGCAGACACUGCCCAGUGGGGCUGUGAGGGUCCUUCUCCCGGCUGUGUGUGUGCCCAGGGUGCCCCAGCCCAGCCUGGACAAUGCCAGCAGCUUUUCCAGCCUCCAGCUCCGCACGGACAAGCACCACUGUGGACAGGGGAGCCCGGAGCCGGGGAGCAGGCUCUGCCUGGCUCAGCUGCUGGACACUGAGGCCACCAACCCCUUCGAGUACGAGUUCAGCUUCCACCUCGAGAUCCGCGGGCCGUGCUUGCUGGCAGGUGUGGAGAGCCCCACACACGAGAUCCGAGCUGAUGCCGACCCCUGCGCCCGCUCUGCCAGGAGCAUCGUGAUCACUCUGGCCAAUAAGCACACGUUCGACAGGCCCGUGGAGAUCCUCAUCCACCCCAGCGAGCCCCACAUGCCUCACAUCCUAAUGGAAGAAGGUGACAUGACUCCUGCAGAGUAUGAACGACACCUGAAGGGGAAGAACGACUUCAUUAAAGGCACUAAGAAAGACCCCAGUGCUGAGAAAAAGACGGAAAUCAUCCGGAAGCGGCUGAGCAAGGACAUCCCCCAUCACCCUGUCAUCAUGCUCAACUUCUGCCCCGACCUGAGGAGUGCCCAGCCAGGCCUCCGGAAAGCCCAAGGAGAGUUCAUCUUCCUCAUAGACCGCAGCAGAAGCAUGAGUGCUGUGAACAUCAACGGUGUGAAGGAUGCCCUGUUGGUCAUUCUCAAGAGCCUGAUGCCAGCGUGCCUCUUCAAUGUCAUUGGGUUUGGAUCCACCUUCAAGGCCCUCUUUCCUGCCAGUCAGGCUUACUGUGAGGAGAGCCUGGCCACGGCCUGCGAGAGCAUCAAGAGGAUCCGGGCUGAUAUGGGUAGCACCAACAUCUUAUCCCCCUUGAAGUGGGUCAUUCGGCAGCCCAUCCAAAGGGGCCAUCCCCGCCUGCUCUUCUUGCUGACCAAUGGGGCCAUCAGCAACACAGGGAAGGUCCUGGAGCUGCUGCGGAACCAUUCCUGCUCCACCAGGUGCUACAGCUUCGCCCUGGGUCCCGGCGCCUGCAGGAGGCUGGUCCGGGGCCUGGCGGCCGUGUCCAGGGGCAGCGCCGAGUUCCUGGUGGAGGGCGAGAGGCUGCAGCCUAAGAUGAUCAAGUCUCUGAAGAAGGCGAUGGCACCGGUCCUGAGUGAUGUGUCCGUGGAAUGGGUGUUCCCUGAGAGCACUGAGGUCUUGGUUUCCCCCAUCAGCACCAGCUGUCUCUUCCCUGGGGACCACCUGGUGGGAUAUGGCAUCAUCUGCGACACCUCCUCGUACAUCUCCAACCCCAGAUCCGACAAGAGGCGGCGGUACAGCAUGAUGCGCUCCCAGGAGUCGGGCAGCUCUGUUUUCUUCCAUUCCCAGGAGGAGGGAGCAGGAGUGGAGAGCUGGAAUCACUCCAGAGACUCCGAGGGCUGCUGCCCCGAUCGCCUGGUGGUGGGCAGAGAGCCCGGGGGAGAAUCGGACACGGACACUGGAAUGGAUGUGAAGGCUUCCUCCAGGAGACGGGCAUACAGCACCCCCCUGGCUGCUGACCACCAGCCCUGCAGGAAGGUGCCCACAUCCAGUGAUCCCGACACUGCGCUGGGCAGGAACCCCCUGCGGAAAACCCACCUGCAGGACCUGCAGCAGCUCAGCCCUGAGCCCUGGCAGGGGGAGCUCCAGCCCUUCACAGCCAACCCCACCAGGACGCUGGGUGCCCGGCGCCCAUCCCUGCUCCACCGCGGCUGCAUGUCCUUCUGCCAUGAUGCCGAGGCCCCGCCGGUGCUGGAUGGGCUGCAGCAAGAGGGAAGAGGCUUGGGACCGCUCGAUGGCAGCGGGAGGCUGCGGUCCUCAUCAGACAGCCGGAGCCCCGGGGACCUGGAGUCUGCCCAGCAUCCUUCCUUCACGUUUGAAACAGAGACCUCCUCUGACUGGGAGCCCCAGGACCUGGACUUCAGCGCUGGCUGCGGCUCCCCACGCUCCCCCAGGACCCUCUGCAAGGCGGUGGUGAAGGGGCUCAGGAUGAACGAGCCCGUGCAGUGGGAGGUCACCUUUGAUAUCUGCCCUCUCUUCCGAGAGCGGGAGAGCCAAGAGGAGGGUGACACGGACCCAUGGAGUGAGACCUUCCAUCACCUGGCAGCCAAGUCGGUCACCCGGGACUUUGAGCAUCUUGCUGAGAGGGAGUGUGAGAUCGAGCAUGGGUCCGGGCGGCGGUACCAGGUCAAUGCUGUCCACACCAGCAAAGCCUGCAACGUCAUCAGCAAGUACACGGCGUUCGUGCCAGUGGACCUGAGCACCAACACCUACCUGCCGACCAUCGUCGAGUACACACACACGGGAUCCAAGCAAGGCAGCCAGCGGAGCCUGAGGUCAGGAAGCAGGAGGCAUCGUGGCUUUUCCCCUGGACGUCCCCACUCAGCCUGUGGCCAGAAUGGAGAUGAUGGAUUUUACAGCACGAGUAAUUCCUCCCUUGCAGAUGCAGAGGAGAGCAGCCUGUCCCCCUGCAGCAUCCCGUCCUCAUCCACCUGGGAGCGCUGCGGGCUCCCUGAAGGGCCUCUACAGAGCCUGUCUGCUUCCUCCGCACAAGCCCAAAGAUCCAUCGAGAGCCUCUUUGCUGCUAGGCUCACCCUCAACAAAACCAGGCUGCUGAUGCGAGCUGCCAAGGGCUUCAUGAGUAAAUCUCCAAGCAGAGUGGGUGAAGGCAGCUCCGAGGGCGACAGUGAGAACAUAGACUACCUUCCCCUGGUGUCCCUGCAGCUGGCCUGCGGUGCCUUCCUCAUGAACUCAGCCUUCUGCGAUGCCGUCAACAUCCCCAUGGAGAAGCUGAAGUGGACGUCUCCCUUUGCCUGUCACCGCCUGGCCCUCAGCCCCUCCGGCUCCUACAGCACCAAAGCCAGCCCCUCAGUGGAGCACAAAAGACCCGGCUCCAACCAGCAGCUCCUGGCUCCCAAUGGGCACGGGAAGAGCCCCAGCACCAGAGAUCCUGCUUUGCAUGCAGAGGAUGCCGGGCGCCCGCGCCACUCCUCGGGCAGCGCCGUGGAAAGCAUCUCCAGGGCCCUGAGAGCCCAGAAGGAAUUGUCCCCCCCAGCCAUCACCAUCCGCCGCUUCUCCUCCCCGGAGAGCACGGCAGAGCCAGCCGGGAGGCAGCCCAGCAGCAGCCAGGGCUCGGACACUGACAGCAAUGGGGUCCAGGCACUGCUCUUUGCCAUGGAGCUGCAGCAGCAGACGGAGCCGGAGGGGAUGCUCUGGGCCACAGCGGUGGCACUGGCCUGGCUGGAGAACAGCUCAGCUUCCUACUUCAUUGAGUGGGAGCUGGUGGCUGCCAAAGCCAGCCUGUGGCUGAGCCAACAGGACUUCCCAGAGGGAUACAGCCUGGCCACGGUGAAAGCUGCAGCCCAGCAGCUCUUUGUGCUGCUCCGUCACUGGGAUGAGAAUCUGGAGUUCAACCUCCUGUGCUACAACCCGGGCAGUGUGUAA